AUGGCCAAAGCCCAUAAAAAGCAAGGCACCAAAACUCUUGACUGUGAAAAGCAUGGUGGAAGUGAAGACUUCAACCUACCCUUUGAGCAAAACAGAGGAUCGAACUAUCAUGUGAAGAACUAGUGGAAACACUGCCAACUUCGUAGUGAGAUGACUGGGGGGGAAGAAAAGCUUAGCCCAAAGAUGAGUUGGCAAGACCAAGCUAAAACAGUAGGUGCUAGCACCCAGCAACAUAAAAAAGCUAAAAUCAAAGAAACAUGGCCUAAAAUUCAGGACCCAGCACCUCCACUAAGAUAUGAUUUGGAGGAAGAAUUUGAAAGCCAUGAGAAAAGGAUGGAAGAAAUGCAAAAGACCAAAGGAAAGCAAACGGAGGAAGAUGAUGAGGAAUAUAAAGAAGACUUAGAAGAGGAGGAAGAGGAAGAUGAUGAGGAGGAAGAUGAUGAGGAAGAUGAUAUUGAUGAUAGUCUUGGUAAAAGCAGUGAGGGGAAUAUCACUAGAGCUAAAGAAAGCACAACAAAUAUAACUAAAAAAAGGGGAAGAGUUUCUCAAAAGAAUCAACCUCCUGAGGUCAAUGAACAAUCUCAACCUCAAGGCACUCAACAGAAACCAAGGGGUAAAACUUCUGAAGCUUGGAAAUAUUUUGUGUGCUUUAUUGGUCCUGAUGGGAAACCAAAGGGGAGGUGUAAAUGGUGUAGUGUUGUCAUAAGAGCUUGUUCUUCAAAUAAUGGGACUUCAGGCCUUAAGAAACACAUAACUAGAUGCAAAUUAAAUCCAGAAAAUUUGAAAAAACAAGCACAAUUGAAGUUGAUAAAGUUUACAACUAUUGAUGGAGGUGAGGCAGUGCAUUUAGGACAGUGGAAGUUUGAUGGAGUGGCAUCUAGGAAGGCAAUUGCUGUGAUGAUUAUUUUAGAUGAGUUACCUUUCAGUUUUGUUGAAAAAGAAGGAUUUUUACAUUUUUGUAAAGUAUGUCUUCCACAACAUUUUAAGCCUCCAUCUAGGAGAAUCAUCACAAGAGAUAUCCUUGCUUUAUAUUGUGACCUUAGAGAUGAUUUGUCCAAAUUCUUUAAGGAUAGGAAGAUGAGAGUCUCUUUAACUACGGAUACAUGGACUUCACAAAAUAAAAUCUCUUAUAUGUCUCUCACUGCUCACUUUAUUGAUGAUAAUUGGAAUUUGCAAAAGAAGAUAUUGUGCUUUGUCCCUGUGGAUAGUCAUAAAGGGGAGGACUUAGGGGAUAUGUUAGAGAGAUGCUUAAGAGAGUGGGGCAUUGAUAGGGUUUAUUGUAUUACUGUUAACAAUGCUAGUGCAAAUGAUGUGUUGGUUAGGUCAUUGAGAGAAUGCCUUAACAAAUGGGGGACUAGUGUGUUACGGGGGAAGGAUUUGCAUAUGCGUUGUGUAGCACACAUCGCAAACUUAGUUGUCCAUGAUGGUAUGAAAUUAUACAACAAUUCUGUGGAAUCAGUAAGAGCUUGUUGCAAGUGGGUUAGGCAAAGCACUUUAAGGGUAAAAACUUUUAAGGAUGUGGUUGCAUUCGAGGAGAUUGAUUUCAAAAAGAAUGUGUGCUUAGAUGUUCCCCAUAGGUGGAACUCAUCUUAUGAUAUGUUGCAAAGGGCUGAGAAGUAUGAACAAGCAUUUGCCAGGCUCGCAAGGCAAGAAAAAACAUUCAGAGAUGAAUUGAAUGCUCCAAGUGCUCCUGGAAUUCCAGACUUUGAGGAUUGGGAAAACAUCAGAAGACUAACUAGAUUCCUUGAGCAUUUCUAUUUGUUCACUUUGAAGGUGAGUGGGAGCUGGUAUUGUACUAUUAAUUUAUUGUUACAUGAAUUGUGUGAGAUUAAUACUCUUAUAAACAAAUGGGAAAGCUCCAAAGAGGCUGACUUAGCUGCUUUGGCAUGGAACAUGAAGGAGAAGUUUGCAAAAUAUUGGGGGGAUCCAACAAAAAUGAAUAAGAACAUUUUUUUUGCGGUGGUGUUGGAUCCUAGUCAAAAAAUGGGAUAUUUAAAUUGCCUUCUUGGGGAUUUGUAUCCAGAGCCGGAAGGAAAAGCAAAAGAAUAUGGAUGCUGGAUUGAAGCUGAAUUGAGAAAGUUGUUUGAUUUUUACAAGACUGAAAUAGAAAAUCAGAAUGAGAAUUGUGGUAGUAAUAGCACAAAUGCCACAUCUGGUUCUAGUGGGGGGCAAGGGCCUAAUCAAAAUAACCUUAAUCACCUUGUUGGAUCUAAACAAAGUGGUGGGAAUGGUCUUGGUGGUGUUGCAAGCUUAAGGGCAAAUAGGAAUGGCAACGUUUCUUCUUGCCAAAGUGAACCAGGAAACAAGAAAGGGAUGAAGGAUACUGAGAGAUUUAGAAGAUAUUUAUCGGAGGCAGCUCAGGAAAAGAAUGAGCAAUCAGAGCUUGACAUCUAUCUCAAAGAUAAAUUAGAAAUCAUGGAAAAUGAUGCUCAAUUUUAUGAUGUUCUUUCAUUUUGGAGGCUCAAGAGUGGGAGAUUUCCUGUUCUUGCAGCAAUGGCACAAGAUAUUUUAGCUAUUCCAGUUUUAACAGUGGCAUCUGAAUCAGCUUUCAGCACAAGUGGUCGUGUGUUAGAUGACUUUCGGAGUUCCUUAACUCCUAAGAUGGCACAAGCUCUAGUAUGCACACAAGAUUGGCUAAGGAAAAAAAGAAAACAUGUCAAUAUUACUCUUGAUUGUGAGGAUUUAGAUGAAUUAGAGGAAGCGGAAGCAGAAUAUAGGAAGAAGUUACGUUCAUCACUUCUAGAUGGUUGACAUUUGCUGCUGUGCAUGUGAAAUUUCGGAUUUGUUUUUUGGGUUGCUUAUUGCUGCAAAUGCUACUAGCUGUUGCUAUAAAUAUUGCUUUUGGAUUUAGUUUUUGGGUAGCUUAUUACUGCAAAUGUUACUAGCUGUUGCUAUUUGGGUUGCUUGUUGCUGCAAGCUUGUAAAUGCUGUUGGCUGUUAUUAUAAAUAUUGUUUUUUGGG